GGUUCAUGUGACCACACAGAGGCAUAGCGUUUGUAUUAUACGUAAAUACUUCAUGCACGAAGAUUGGAAGAGCUGCAGGAAGAUGCCAGUGGUGGAUUCCUAUAAAUAUCGGGAGUUGAAGGCAAGUAGGAAGAAAGUAGUGUUCACUCUCUCUCUCUCUCUCUCUCUCUCUCUCUCUCUCUCUCUCUCUGGAAGUAGAUAUGGUUUCCAGUCCGCCAUUGUUUCAGCACGAGUCCACAUGCACUGUGAAGCCCAGGGUUGCGCUUCCCAGAACACCUUGCCACCUGACUCCAUGGGACCUCUGCACGUUGUCAAUGCACUACAUCCAGAACGGCCUCCUGUUCUCCAACCGCCACUCCUCCCUCCCGGCCGACGACGCCGUCCGCAGCCUCGAAACCGCUCUCUCCAUCGCACUCCUCCACUUCCCUCCUCUCGCCGGCCGCCUCGUGUCCGAAAUUGCUUACGACGAUGAGGGCCAGCCGGCCGGCAUGCACGCAUUCGUCGUCUGUGGUGACCGAGGUGCCGAGUUUACCCUCGCCGUAGCCAAGCACAUCACCGUCGCCGACGUGCUGUCGCCGUCGGAUGACGAGCCCUCUUUCGUCGAGGCCUUCUUUCCCCUCAACGGAGUUGUCAACUACGACGGCCGGUCUCUGCCUCUACUUGCGGUGCAGUUCACCGAGCUGGCCGACGGCUUCUUUCUCGCGUGCUCCUUCAAUCAUGCGGUCGGCGACGGCGCCGCCUAUUGGCACUUCUUUAACUCUUGGGCGGAAAUAGCAAGGAACGCUGGAGCCGGAGGCCUCUCACGUCCUCCGGUACACGAGCGGUGGUUCAUCGAUGGCCGUGAGAAUACUCCCCUUACGCUUCCUUACACUCACCCCGAUAAGUUCAUCGAAAGAUUUGCAUCGACGGUACUGUGUCAUGAGAAGGUGUUCCACUUCUCACCGGAAUCCAUUGCUCAUCUGAAAGCCAAAGCCAAUCGAGAAUGCGGAACCGACUCCAUCUCCUCUUUCCAGGCCAUCUCCUCGCUGGUGUGGAGGUCCAUCACGCGGGCUCGCGACCUGCCGCCCCAAAAGAAGACCAGCUGCAGCCUGGCCAUCGAUAACCGCCAUCGUCUGCGGCCGCCGCUCUCGCCGGACUACUUCGGCAACUCGGUGGACAUCAUCGAGGCGACCGCGACGGCGGGAGAGCUGCUGGCCCCGGGGCUGGGUUGGGGCGCAUGGCUGAUCCACCAGGCCGUGGCAGACCACACCGACAGGGCCGUCAGGGAGGCGAUGACGGCAUGGAUGGCGGGGCCGGCGAUGUACAAGCUGAGCGGGCAUGACACGUGUGGCGUCAAGAUGGGGAGCUCGCCGAGGUUCGACGUCUACAGGUGCGACUUCGGGUGGGGGAAGCCAGCGGCGGUGCGGAGCGGCAGAGCGAACAAGUACGAGGGGAAGGUGACGUUCCAUCCGGGGAGGGAGGGGGGAGGGAGCAUGGAUUUGGAGAUCCGCUUGGAGCCGGAGUGCAUGAAGGCGCUGCAGUGCGACGAAGAGUUCACGAGUGCCGUUUGCCCACCUCCGGAGCUGGAGAUCAUCUAGCCCAAGCAAAAUCUCGAUCGCGUCAGUUCUUCUCUUAGGUAUUAAUUAUGGCUGCACCAGUUAAAGAUAGGUCAUAAUAUAUCCAAUUUGGUUCGAGGAGUUCUUUGCAGAUCGCACUCUUAUUCGAAAUCGUAAGCAUUGAAUCCACGAAAGCAUUCGGACAAACAGGAACUACGCAUCGCACAGGCCGUCGUCUCACCAGAGCAUGGAUCCAUAGUCUUUGGUGCUCGCAGAAAUCUGUCUGUCUCUCUUGGAUUCUGCGUGCAGAAACAAUUUCGAACAAGGAGCAGGUUGAGCCAGGGAGAUAAUUGAAAUCCUGGGACCAUCCCGUCCUCUCCACCGAGAGCUUGCGAACCGCAGACGUAGCAGGUUGAGACACGGACGGAGCUGGGCCUGGACAUGACGGCAUGCAAACAUGGCAACGUUUGGUGCGCACAUUUCAACAGCUCCGGUAAAAAACAUGUGGAUGAAAUGGCGGACAGAGAGAGAGAGAGAGAGAGAGAGAGAUGUCAAUCAUUAACUGAACCGAUCAUCAAACUGUGAUUACAUGAUCAUGUGAAUGAAAAGAUGUAAUGGUAA